AUGAUUUCUAGCAGAUUACCAAAAACUUUAUCAUUACCUAUAGAUAACUUAGAACUAAAUAUUAAAAAUAUAUACAAACUUAUUUACGCAAAGGCUCGAAUUACUGGCGAGUACUUUUUGCUUGAAGUGCACAUUCCAUUGGCGAGUUACGAAGACUACUCCUCAUAUCACAUCAUACCUUUACCCUUAAAAACAACACGAAACGAAACCGUCGCGGUUGAUGUGUCGUCAAAGUACAUGGCAAUUAACUUCGGAAAAAAUGCAUACGUCAGCAUAACAGAAGAAAGAUUAGCGAACUGCAACGAACUCAGCAGCCAGCAUUGGAUCUGUAGCUUAAACUUACUGGUUCAACACAUGGAAAAUACCAAUGCACCUUGUGAAAGCAAGUUAUUAAGUCAACAAACGAGUUCGCCCUGUAAUACAAGAAAUAUCAUAUGUGAAGAACGCUGGAUAGAAUUACAUACACAAAACACUUGGAUAGCGUUAUGUUGUGACUCAUGUACGUUACGCACCAUAUGCGAUAAAGACGUCACAACUCACGUUAUCAGUACAUCUUCUAUUGUGGUAUUAAAGCAAGGAUGUCUUCUCCAAACGAAAACCUUCCUAAUACACUCUCGCAACAACUACAACAGCAAAGCGAAACUAGAACUUGACAUCUAG